AUGCAUGUUGCCAACAUUUUUGUACCAGAAGAGUGCUGUGCGCUGGUGAUACUUGGAUUCCUUUUUACUUGCCUCGCCUCUGUUUUUGUGAUCCUGAGAUUCAUUACGAGGGUUUGCUUGGUGAGGAGCGUUGGCGCUGAUGAUGGUUUCAUCAUUCUUGCGAAUCUUGGUACAUUGGGCUUCUUGAUUGCUGUCAUGGAACAGGUUCGAUUCGGUCUCGGACUACCGCCCAACCCGAAGUUGCUCUCACCCAUUAUCCAAGCGACGACUGCAAGCGUAAUAUCAUACACCAUCUGCCAUCUCGCCAUCAAAAUUUCCAUCGCCUUCCAAUGUUUUCGCAUUUUCAUAACACCAAAGGCCCGACGGCUCUUCAUCGGUCUCAUCGUGUACUUCGCCGUAUACGGGAUACUUUGUCUUAUGUUGACCGUGUUCACUUGCUACCCUGUCGCCAAAUACUGGGAAGACUCAAUACCGGGGAAAUGUCUCGACAAUAGAGCUUUGCGUUAUGCUUUUGCUGGAAUCAAUAUUGUCAACGAUAUCAUGCUUUUGGUGGCUCCGAUGCCAUUUCUCCGGAACUUGCAGAUUGCAAAAAGGAUCAAAGUUGUUCUGAUGGGUGUUUUUGCAGCGGGAGCAGUUGCUUGCAUUGUUGCAAUAAUUAGACUGCACUCUCUCUGGGCUUACAGCUCAGUGUCUAUAUCCCAGCGACCAGCCAAAGGUGUCGAUAUUGCCAUAUGGUCUGGUCUCGAAUGCAACAUUGCAAUCAUGUGUGCCUGCGUACCUUCGCUCAAACCCUUGUUCUCAAGAGCGUUCCCGAGUUUCUUUGCGUCGCUACAAUCGUCAAAGUCGCAAUUAUCAGGCAACCCUCAUUCCCCAGGCAGCUUACACAUCUACGACAACAACCCCGAGAACUCUCUAAAAUCCAAGCCAUCUCAAGGAAUCGACUUGGAGAUUACUGUUCAGCAGUCUUUUGAGAUGAGGACUACCACGGCUGCUGAUGAUGAUACGAGUGAGAAGAACUUGGUGACGGUGAACACAGCACAGUAUCAUACUAAGAGGAUGUCACAUCGGGCUCUGGAAUAG